AAACACCUUUCCAGCAACAUGGGGUCCAGCAGGUUCUUGGUCCUCAUGGUGUCUCUUGCGCUUGUGACCCUGGUGGCUGCGGAAGGAGUUAAAGUGAAUAUAGAGAAACCAGGGGUUUGCCCAGCUGACAAUAUACGCUGCAUCAAAUCCGAUCCUCCCCAGUGUCACACAGACCAGGACUGUCAGGGGAUAAGGAAGUGUUGUUACCUGCACUGUGGCUUCAAGUGUGUGAUUCCUGUGAAGGAACUGGAAGAAGGAGGAAACAAGGAUGAAGACGUAUCAAGGCCAUGCCCAGAGCCAGGAUGGGAAGCCAAGCCUCCAGGCGUCUUCUCCACCAGGUGUCCUCAGAAAUGA